AUGAGCGAAGAAGAGCUUCGUCAGCUCGAAGAAAACGAAUUUAAUACUGGUCCUUUGUCAGUCUUACAACAAUCGGUAAAAAACAAUACCCAGAUCUUGAUAAAUUGCAGGAAUAACCGAAAACUACUUGCCCGCAUUAAGGCGUUUGAUCGUCAUUGUAACAUGGUAUUGGAGAACGUCAAAGAGAUGUGGACAGAAGCUCCAAAGGCUGGUAAGGGUAAGAAAGCUAAGCCGGUCAACAAGGACAGAUUUAUCAGCAAGAUGUUUUUACGUGGAGAUUCAGUCAUCCUUGUGCUAAGAAAUACGGUAUAA